UACAUGUUUCUUUUGGUAAUAUAUUAAUCUACAUGAAACCUGAAGAUGAAAUUAAUCACCUGUUACAAACCACCCUUUUAAUUUGAUAUCCAUUUAAAAUUACUGAACUACGUCGAUGUUCGUCAUACAAUGAUUUUGAUGAAGAAAGAACAUCUUAACAUUUUAUAGUGAGGAAAAACACAUUCAAAUGUGAAAAAAAAGUUUUGAAAACCACCACUAAGGAGAUCGGAUGGCAUAAAGGAUUUAUAACGAACUAAAAUGAUGGAAAUGUUCAUCUUACUGAUUCUCCUCAAGGUCUGUAGUGACUCUGAUGAUGUUAUCCAGGACUCUCAUACAAUUGAAUUCCAAGAAGAGGAUGUACUCAUAUCAGAGAGGGCAUCUUGAAGAGGAUAUGUCUGACCUGACAUUAGAUCAAUCAAACAAUGAUUUUGAUAAUUUUAUGAGCAUUAAUGAUGAAGAAGAAAUGCAUCUUUAUAGUGAUGAUUCUGACAUUGAAAUAGACAAUACUAUAGGUAAUAAUUCUUCUGAAUAUGGAAAUAUAGAGAAUUCAGAUACUUUUGAUGAAGAUAUGGAGCCUUUGUAUCCUGGAUCAUCUGUUACAGUUGGUGCAUUUAUGCUGCUGAUAACUUUUUUUUGCAUGAAGCAUAAUCUUGUUGGAGAUGGCAUUUUACAGCUUCUAAAUAUAAUAGCUUUCAUUCUUCCCCCUGGACAUCAACUUUGUACAAGUCUUCAUGAAUACAAGAAGUAUUUUCAGAAUCUAAAAAAUCCUAUACGUAAACACUUUUAUUGCAAUCAUUGUCUUGGAAUGAUCGUAGACGAAAAUGUGCUGGUUUGUCCUUAUCCAGGAUGCAACAAAACAUUAACUAAAGAUAUGAAGGUUUAUUUUAUUGAGAUACCAGUUGAAUCACAAGCGCAAAAUCUUUUUGCACAACAAGGAUUCUAUGACAAAUUACAAAAUCGAUUUACUAGUUCGAAGACAACUGAUGGUGCCACUUACAAAGAAAUAUCAGAUGGAUAUUUAUAUCAAUUAUACAGUGAAAAUGAUGGACCUUUAAGUCAACCAGAAAAUAUUUCCUUUACCUUUAACACUGAUGGUGCUCCAGUCUUUAAAAGUAGUAAAGUUUCUGUUUGGCCAUUAUUUUUGGUGAUCAGUGAACUUCCAUACAAACUACGGAUGAUGAAAGAAAAUAUGAUUUUAGCUGGUCUUUGGUUUGGUAACCAAAAACCAUCCAUGAGCACUUUCCUUUCACCUUUCUUCGAUUCAUUCAAGAAGUUAAACAAUGGUAUUAAUUGUUUCUCUCCAGAGCGAGGAAACUUUUAAAGCAAAGCUUAUUUACUAUGUGGUACUGCUGACCAACCUGCAAGGUGCAUGUUAUGUAAUGGUGUACAAUACAAUGGAAGUUAUUCAUGUUGGAAAUGUAUGCAGAAAGGUGAGACAGCAAAAAGUGGGAAAGGACAUGCACAUGUUUUUCCAUUUAUUCAAGACAAUCCCAAAGGUCCACAAAGAUGCAGAGAAAAUGUCAUUGAAGAUUUAAGAAAUGCUUUACAAAAUAUGGAAAACAAAUCAAAAGUCAUUGCAGUGAAUAUAAUUAAAGGUCCAUCGUGGCUAACAUUUUCCCAUUGUUUAAUAUAAUAGAUGGAAUAGCUAUAGACUAUAUGCACGGUGUAUUAUUAGGUGUAAUGAAAUUAAUGCUAAAAUUAUGGUUUUCCCCACAACUCAAGAACAAGUUUUUCA